AUGCGCUUCUACGACUGCUGGAGCAAGCUCACACCAUUCUCACUCAUUGAAUAUGAUCGCGUUGUGCAGCUUGACAGUGAUAUGGCGAUCCUCCAAAAUAUGGAUGAGUUAAUGGACAUCACUUUGGAUGCGGCAAGCAUGAAUGGAACGGGUGACCGAGUGUUUGCUGCUAGCCACGCAUGUGUCUGCAAUCCGCUUAACAAACCUCACUAUCCCAGAGACUGGGUUCCGGUUAACUGUGCCUAUUCCACUCAGCAUAACACUCCAGAUAUCGCACAAACAGCCGGGCCUCCAGCCACCGUAGGAUUAGGGAUACCUAAUGGUGGCUUGCAGGUGGUGAACCCAUCUCAAGCGAUUUAUGACAAAAUCUUAGAACAGCUUGCCUCCUCUACAACAUUGCAAUAUGAUUUCGCUGAUCAGUCCCUCCUUGGCGAUAUUUUUUACGGUCGGUGGGUUGCGCUACCGUACGUAUACAAUGCGCUCAAAACACUCCGAUGGAAAGGAAUUCAUGACACCAUAUGGCGCGAUAAGAGUGUGAAAAAUGUACACUAUAUACUUAGCCCGAAACCGUGGGAUGAAUUGGCAGAUGGACAAGGUCACGAUCCCUCCCAUGUCUGGUGGAUAUCAUUGAAUGCGGAAAGACUAGCAGAGGAACAACAGAGAGGCCUCACAGACGGUUUUUGA